AUGGCACCUAAGGCAGAGAAGAAACCGGUGGAAGAGAAGAAAGUCGCCGGAAAAGCUCCGGCGGAGAAGAAUCUCAAGGCGGGGGGAAACAACUGCCGAAUAAGGAAUCCGGCGAGAAAAAGAAGAAGCGAGCGAAGAAAAGCAUCGAAACCUACAAGAUCUACAUCUUCAAGGUUCUGA